AUGGAACGAGCAACAAAUUCGAUGUUCUCCUUCCCAUUCGAUCAAAUGUUGGACCUCUUUAAUAGGGUUCUAAGAGUUGGAAACGAUACCGACGAAGAAACAUUGUCAACAUUUUCCGUAUUAAUUAACGAAGCGGCAUUCAAACAGCCGACCUUAAUACGUGACGAGCGGUUUGUUGAGUUGUUGUUGGAAGAAGAUACCAAAAUCGGUGAUGUUGAUUCCGAAGUGUUAAAUGACUAUGAAGAAGAGGAAAUUGAUUAUGAUGACCGAACAAUUUCCAGCGAUGAUGAUGACCGACCAAUUUGCAGAUGA